GCACGAUACUGGCGCACCGGAUCGGGAACGACAAACUCAAGACUUCAAGAUGGUCCGCUACGCCGCCGCCGCCACUGCCACCAACCCGGAGAAAACCUCCCGCGCUCGCGGCGAGUACCUCCGGACGCACUUCAAGAACAUGCGCGAGGUCGCGGCUGCCUUGACGGGCCUCAAGCUCACGAAGGCGUACACCUACCUUGCGGAUGUCAAGGAGCACAAGCAGAUCAUCCCCUUCCGCCGUUUCGCUGGUGGUGUCGGCCGUGCGAGCCAGGCGAAGCAGUUCAAGGCUACCCAGGGUCGCUGGCCCGAGAAGUCCGUGAAGUUCGUCCUCCGCCUCCUGAAGAACGCCGAGUCGAACGCGGACGCGAAAAACCUUGACGUCGAGGACCUUAUCAUCAAGAACAUUGUUGUGCAGCAGGCGCCCAAAACCCGCCGUCGCACGUACCGUGCACACGGUCGUAUCAACCCCUACCAGGGUCACCCUUGUCACGUUGAGAUCAUCCUCUCGGCGACCGAUUCCGAGGUCGAGCGGGCCAAGGACAAGGAUGUUGUUGCUGCCUCAUCGUUCGACGGCCUCAACAGGCGACAGGUCGCCCGCAGGCGGAUUGAGGCUGCGCGCAUCGCGUAAGCUUGCUUUCUGCCUGGAGUGAGGGGAGGCCGAGGUGGAGUGUAGUUGGGAUUCAUGCCAUCUACUUGCGAUGCCGUGCGUGGGCAUCGUUGUCUUCAUAUGUAUGCGUAUGCCAUGUCGUCAAAACGAGAACAGACCGCGCGGUACUAUACACAUGGGUUAUGCAUUCUCUCUCUUUCUGACGUAUGCUGCCCCUUCAGUGCAUCCUACUAAUGUUGCAGGCUGGCAGCGCGACGCGACUCAC